AUGACUAGGGGAACUGGUGAGCAGUUUCAGGCACUUACGGCCGAUGCUGCAGACCCCACCUACUACACCAGGCCAUUGGUCACCCACAAUGGCGAGACGCCAUGGACUAGGAGUUCAAUCUUCUCGGCUUCCAAAAUUGAUGUGUCUCUCAUGCAUUACACAGUUGGCACUACCAGAGUGUUUUUAUUGGUCUAUGUGGAUGACAUCAUUAUGAUGGGUAAUGACCCCGUGCUUAUCGACAAGCUACUACAGCGUCUCUCGACUACAUUCAAGAUAUGGGAUCUUGGUACACCGAGUUUCUUUCUCGGUAUUGAGACUCUCCCGGUCCCUGGAGGCUUGAUACUGUCUCAACGCCACUAUAUGAGUGAUCUACUGAAGAGGGCCAAUAUGACUGAUUGUAAGCCUCUUGCGACUCCGGCGUCCGUUACGCAAGCUGUGGCUCCAGCUGAUGCUAUGUUUGAUUAUCCUACUCAGUAUAGGCAGUUUGCAGGGGCACUACAGUACUUAACAAUCACCCGUCCGGAUCUCUCUUAUGUGGUGAAUAGCUUAUGCCAGUGCAUGCAUGCCCCUACAGUUGAGCAUUGGGGUCUUUUGAAACGAGUCUUACGGUAUGUUAAGGGCACGACGGACCUUAGCCUUCGCAUGUCUCUGUCUCCCACAGCUGAUAUUCAUGCCUUCUCUGAUUUUGACUAG